UUUAAAAACAAAUCUUCUCUGGUCCGUUUUGUGUUGGUAACAAAAUAACUAGAAGACGAAUAAAAGUGUUGUAUAGUUUUGCAAGAAUCAAAGAAACUGUUUUUAAAAUCAGAACUUUUCACAUAGGGCCUCUAUGUGGCCCUUGGUCUUCAGGAUGCUGUAUGUCCACUACUGUUCUCAAGCCUCUGAAGGUUUCACAGAUCAUCUGGAAUUACACAUUUCAGAGAUGGAGCUGCAGCUUCCUCCUCAUGAGGGAGUCGAGCUCUCUGUGGUCGACAUGCACACAGGAGGGGAACCUCUCCGCAUCAUUGUCGCCGGCUACCCUGAGGUCAGAGGAGACAGUGUGCUCUCCAAGCGCAGGUAUGCCCGUGAGCACCUGGACCACCUCAGGAAGGUGCUGAUGUUCGAGCCCCGGGGUCACUACGACAUGUACGGGGCCUUGAUCGUGGACAGCGAGACCCCCGAGGCCGACCUGGGGGUGCUGUUUAUGCACAACGAGGGCUACAGCACGAUGUGCGGACAUGCCGUCAUCGCCCUGGGUCGCUUCGCCGUGGACUACAAGCUGGUGAAGGAGCCACGGUCGCCGGAGACCCAGGUAAACAUCCACUGCCCCUGUGGGCUGGUGAAGGCCUUUGUGGAGUACUCUGCUGGUAGAACAGGAGCGGUGCGGUUUCUGAGUGUGCCAGCAUUUGCCUUUGCAACAGAUGUGACGGUGACAGUAGAGGGGUUUGGUGAGGUGACGGUGGACAUCAGCUACGGGGGAGCUUUUUACGCCUUUGUUGAUGCACAGAGGUUUGGUCUGGAUGUGAAGGAGUCCAGGACUCGGGAUCUGGUGGACGCAGCAACGGCGGUCACCAGAGCUAUUAAAUCCCAGGUGAAGCUGCACCAUCCAGUUAGCGAUGACCUGGCGUUCCUUUACGGCACCAUCCUCACAGACGGCAGAGACCAGUUCUCACCUGAGCCCACCGCCAACAUCUGCGUGUUCGCCGAAGCUCAGGUGGACCGAAGCCCUACUGGUUCAGGUGUUACAGCUCGAGUUGCUCUUCAGUACCACAAAGGUCUGAUCCAGCUGAACCAGACCAGGACGUUUCAGAGCGGCGCCACCGGAUCCCAGUUUACAGGAAGAGCUGUUGAGGAGACCAGAUGCGGAGACUUCAGGGCAGUUGUGGUGGAAGUAGCCGGCCGAGCUUUCUACACCGGAGUUUCACGCUUUGUGCAGGAGCCGCGAGACGAGCUGACCCACGGGUUUCUGCUGAAGUGAAUGUUGUCGUCGACAAAGGGGAUUUCACUUCAUUCAUGAUGAAAGUGUUUGGAAUAUCACAGCAUGCAGCAAGAAGAUACAAGCAACAAAUGUUUGAAUUGUGUGCCAAAAUAACGUGACAAAAUGCAAUUUAGCAAAAAAAAAAAAAAAAAAGUCAAAUCCUGUGGGUAAAUUGGAAAAUGCAGUGAGCCGACCAGUAGAUGGAGCCAGAGGUCAGGUUGAUAUGAGCGUGGAAGAUUUUUGCGGCGUGUGGUGUUCAGCUACAGAUUUUCAACCAAAACAAAUGUUAGUUGAAUAAACACAAAACUCAAACGUAAUUUCUCCCAUUUAU